UCAGGAAGGGGAUUCUACUGGCUUCAGAUCAGACUCCCCCCGUGAAUGAAGACAUGCAAACAGAAGCAGCAUCCAAUGAAUCUGGAAAUACAACCAUAUCUAGAAGUACUGUAAUGACCACCAUUUCAGAUAAAGAAGCAGUUAAUACAACCACAGUGCAGAAUAUAAGUUCCAGUGGGAAUACAAUUGCCAUGACAGCAAAGAUAACUAGUUCAUUAGCUUUAACAACUUUGUCACAUUUUGCACGAAGCACUCUACAUCCCCUCAACACAGACACUAGCAGCCCUUCAGAUAUUACUAUUAGAUUCAACACUGUUGUGACAUCACCUACAGUUUCAACCUUUAAUCGAGCAACUGAUAAAGAUUCUAAUCCCAGAACGUCUGCAAUCACAUUGAAACCAACAGCUCAGUCUUCUACAGCCACACAACUAAAUACUAGCAAAGCUUUGGAUUCAGUUUCUAUAACACACGCUUCAGGAGGAAUUCAUCUAACGAAUUCAGAAGCCAUUCUGAUCAUUAUUUUCAGCAGCAUCCUCACAUUUGCUGUUCUAGCAAUUGUCAUAUGCAGUCUUGAUAAGUACAGGAAGAGAAGAGCUCAGUAUUCCCAUCACCCACUAUAUGACACCUCUUCUGAAACAGAUGACAUAUACACUACUCCAGAUGACACACUGAUGAUAUCAGGAGGACUAUAUGAUGCACCAAGGGUUUAUAACCCCAAUAUGACUGUACUGGACGAUGAUGAGCUUCAAGCUGAAUACUUACCAUUUGGCGCCAGACCUGGGAAGUUCAGACUUGAAAUUUUAUCUGGGGAAAAUUAUAAAGGACUUUCCCCAACCUUUGAUAGAUUUCAGUCACCACCAUAACACUUAUAAUGUAGUAAUAAUGAUAGUAGUAUAGAGCAUCUUUCAGGAUAAGAUGAUCCCUUACUCUCACAGAUCUUGGGAGACAGACCUGUCCUCGCUUACAGACAACUCCCCAACCUAAAGCAAAUACUCACCAGCAACCACACAUCACUGAACAAAAAUACUGACCCAGGAACCUAUCCUUGUAACAAAGCCCGAUGCCAACUCUGUCCACAUAUCUAUUCAAGUGACAUCAUCAUAGGACCUAAUCACAUCAGCCAUACCAUCAGGGGCUCAUUCACCUGCACAUCUACCAAUGUGAUAUAUGCCAUCAUGUGCCAGCAAUGCCCCUCUGCCAUGUACAUUGGCCAAACCGGACAGUCUCUACGCAAAAGAAUUAAUGGACACAAAUCUGACAUCAGGAAUCAUAAUACUCAAAAACCAGUGGGAGAACACUUUAACCUGUCUGGUCAUUCAAUGACAGACCUGCGGGUGGCUAUCUUACAACAGAAAAACUUCAAAACCAGACUCCAACGAGAGACUGCUGAGCUGGAAUUGAUAUGCAAACUAGAUACAAUCAAUUUAGGAUUGAAUAAGGACUGGGAAUGGCUGAGCCAUUACAAACAUUGAAUCUAUCUCACACUUCUUAUCAAACUGUCUGUACUGGGCUAGCUUGAUUAUCACUUCAAAAGUUUUUUUUCACUUACUUAAUUGGCCUCUCAGAGUUGGUAAGACAACUCCCACCUGUUCAUGCUCUCUGUAUGUGUGUAUAUAUAUCUCCUCAAUAUAUGUUCCAUUCUAUGCAUCCGAAGAAGUGGGCUGUAGCCCACGAAAGCUUAUGCUCUAAUAAAUAUGUUAGUCUCUAAGGUG